CGCAGGCGCGGAGCCGGCACAUACGUCACUGGCACGCGCCAGGAGAGAGGGAGGACCCUGAGCGCGACGGGGAGCUGGAGAAACGAAAGUGAGCGGAGCGGAGUCGGCCUGGUUCUCUCGCCGCCGCCGCCGCCUGCGGGCCAUGGUGCCGGCCUGAGACCCCGCCCCAUAAAAAUGAAGAGACGAGCAGAGCCCGAAUUUAACAGCAACCAGAAGCAGAAAAAGAGGGCAGAAGAUCUGGGACUGAACCUCAGUUCCACUUCCGAUGAUGAACCUCCAUGUAGUAAUCAUGCAACUCAAGAGUCUUCCAGUAGCGGCAGUGGGUCUGACAGUGAGAGCGAUGAGAGGCGUCCAGUCUUCGGCUCUGGGAGCAAUGAGUUCAAAGCAGACUCUCUUGUGGAGGGCACCUCCUCCCGCUACUCCAUGUAUAACAGCGUCUCCCAAAAGCUCAUGGCCAAGAUGGGCUUCCGAGAAGGAGAAGGUCUGGGGAAAUACAACCAGGGAAGGAAGGAUAUCGUUGAGGCCUCCAAUCAGAAGGGAAGAAGAGGCUUGGGACUGACCCUGAAAGGGUUCGAUGGGGAUCUGAACAUUGACUGGCGAGACGAGCCAGAGCCCAGUGCCUAUGAACAGGUGGACUGGUUCCCAGAAUGCACCACUGAAAUCCCCGAUGCACAGGAGAUGAAGGAGUGGAUGACCGUUGGGAAGAGGAAGCUGGUAAUUGAAGAUGAAACGGAAUUCUGCCGAGAAGAGUUUCUGCACAGUGUCCUGCAGUGCAAGAGCGUGUUCGAUGAGCUGGAUGGAGAGGAGAUGCGCCGAGCCCGGACAAGGUCCAACCCCUACGAGAUGAUCCGGGGAGUCUUCUUCCUGAACAGAGCGGCGAUGAAGAUGGCAAACAUGGACUACGUCUUCGACCACAUGUUCACAAACCCAAAGGACUCUCAUGGGAAGCCCCUAAUCAAGGAGCGGGACGCAGAGCUGCUUUACUUUGCUGAUGUGUGUGCUGGCCCCGGUGGUUUCUCAGAAUACGUUCUCUGGAGGAAGAAGUGGCAUGCGAAAGGGUUCGGCAUGACCUUGAAAGGACCAAAUGACUUUAAACUGGAGGAUUUCUAUUCUGCCUCCAGCGAGCUCUUUGAGCCUUAUUACGGAGAGGGCGGGAUUGAUGGAGAUGGAGAUAUCACCCGCCCAGAGAACAUCACUGCUUUCCGGAAUUUUGUUUUGGACAACACUGAUCGCAAGGGGGUGCAUUUCUUAAUGGCGGAUGGGGGUUUCUCUGUGGAGGGUCAGGAGAACCUGCAGGAAAUUCUAAGCAAACAGCUGAUGCUUUGCCAGUUCCUUACAGGACUCUCUAUCAUCCGGACAGGAGGACAUUUUGUCUGCAAAACCUUCGACCUGUUCACACCAUUCAGCGUGGGACUUGUAUAUUUGCUGUACUGCUGCUUCGAGCGAGUGAGUCUCUUUAAACCUGUGACAAGCCGUCCCGCAAACUCGGAGAGGUACGUGGUGUGUAGAGGGCUAAAGUCAGGCAUCGAUGACGUGCGGGAAUAUCUCUUCAUGGUGAACAUCAAACUCAACCAGCUACUCAGCUCUGACAUGGAUGUAAAUCUUGUCGUCCCCGUAGAAGUGAUCAAGGGUGACCACGAGUUCUACGACUACAUGGUCCGAUCAAAUGAAAGCCACUGUAAAGUUCAGAUCAAAGCACUAGCCAAAAUUCACGCCUUUGUUCAAGACACGACCCUGAGUGAGCCACGGCAGGCUGACAUCCGAAAGGAAUGCCUCCGGCUGUGGGGGAUUCCAGAUCAGGCCCGAGUUGCUCCAUCCUCUUCCGAUCCCAGGUCCAAGUUCUUUGAACUUAUCCAGGGAACAGACAUCGAUAUCUUUAGUUUUAAACCAACACCACUCAACUCAAAAACCCUGGAGAAGAUCCGCCACGUCUUAGAUUACAGAUGUAUGGUGUCUGGAAGUGAACAGAAGUUCCUGCUAGGGUUAGGGAAGUCCCAGAUCUACACCUGGGAUGGUCGCCAGUCAGAUCGCUGGAUGAAACUGGACUUGAAAACUGAGCUGCCACGGGCUACCCUUCUGUCUGUGGAGAUUGUUCAUGAGCUGAAAGGAGAGGGGAAAGCCCAGCGAAAAAUCAAGGCUAUCCAUAUCCUGGAUGUCUUGGUGCUGAAUGGCAAUGACGUCCGAGAGCAGCACUUUAACCAGCGGAUUCAGCUAGCGGAGAAGUUUGUCAAAGCCGUUUCUAAGCCUAGCCGGCCGGAUAUGAACCCCAUCCGGGUGAAGGAGGUGUACAGACUGGAGGAGAUGGAAAAGAUUUUUGUAAGGUUAGAGAUGAAGAUCAUCAAGAGCUCAGGCGGAAUACCACGGCUGUCCUACACGGGCCGGGACGACCGGCACUUUGUGCCCACAGGACUCUACAUCGUUAGGACUGUGAAUGAUCCUUGGACAAUGGCGUUCAGCAAAAACUCCAAGAGGAAAUUUUUCUAUAACAGGACGACCCAGGAGUCGACGUACGACCUCCCUCACGAAUCCAUCGCACCAUUUCACCCCAUUUGUUUGUUCUGAUUUUCAGCAAAAUCAUUAGGAUUCUGCCCACUGAUGACUAGAAUAUUCCCUGCCAUGUUGGAACGGAUGGGAUGGUGCAUUCUGAAGUCAUGGUGUUACAGCCAGGUCGACACAGCCUUGAGGGAAGCGCCUCAUACUAGCCAUCUGGUUGCUGACUGGUGAGAUUUCCAGCUGCAGGAAGUGCACAGGCAGGGGAAGGCUACAGGCAGAUGCAUUUGCUCUUUAUAUGUUCAAAGGACUUUAUUUAAAAAACAAUACAGGUUCAGCCCUGAGUUCAGAGCGCCCCUGCCAUUAAGUCAAUGAGUUUGGAUCCUUGGUGUCCCAGAACUAUCCCUCUGAGACAGCAGUUCCCUUUGCUGGGCCCUGCCUCAGGGGGCUGUACAUAGAUACACACUAACACCCAGGGUUAGGAACUGCUAUUGUCUUCCUGCCCUCUUAGUUCAUUUGGCUGAGCAGCAGGAAAACACCACCCCCAAGACCCCAUUUUCAGGUAGUGACUCCUCUGGCUCCCGACAGGUUAGUGGGAAGAUAUUUUGAAAAGUGUCCCUGUAACUGGCACUACUACACAUGGGGAUUUUUGGCAAUCACAGGAGAGAGGCACAAUGACUGAAUGCCCCUUUGAGCUCUAGAGAUUGGUCCCUUCAGCUCAGGGUUGAGGUACAGUGAGAGGGAAGCUUUCCCAGGUUCUGACUGGGCUGAGCAGUGAUGAUUUCAGGCUCCAAAACCUUGUAGUGAGCAGCAAGGAACAGAGAGAGCCCACUAAGAAAAGGGGAACUUGGGUCAUUCAUCCCCCUGAAAUUAAUUUGCAUUCUCUGUUCCAUGGGCCCCCCAGGAUAGUGUGUGGAGGAGACGGCUCCAGCUGAACUUGUCUGCUCUCCAAACCCACUUGUUCUGUGUCUGUAGCUUCCCUUUGCCUUCAAGAUCCUCAGCUGCCAGAGAUAAGGCUGUCCAGGCUGUGAAGACUGCAGGUGACUAACGGUUUGAAAAGCUGACCAGCCCCUUGGGUGGGAGGCACAUCGGUUGAAGGAAGAGGUCUUUGCAGUGGAGCCCUGUGGUCAGUCGUGAGAACCGUGAUUACAUUGUCCAGCAGGUGUAAACAACAAUAAUCAACAGUACCAUGGCCAUUGCAAUGGCUGCAUUCUUGCGAUUUUCCUUACGGAGCACUUUCAGUUCUUUCUCUGGAAAACAAAACCAAACCAGCAUAUAAGGUGCCGCUUCCCCUCCUGCCUCACAGCUGCCACCCGUUGCUCCAAGGAACAGCAAACCCCCUUUUCCUCACUCAUGGAGGGAAACUCCUUGCAAGGAUCAGCUUCAUCCGACUGCUGCGACCUGCCAGGUGCUUUGCUCUAGUCUAGUUCCUUGUAAACACGCAGAGCUCUGCUACUCAAACUGCCCCUCGUUGUGAGGGACUGGACAGGCACAAGAUCAAAGAGAGGCCGCCUGCCCAGUUCAGUAGUGUCUGAAAGGUAUCCGCUAAUAGCGGUUUGGCCUCAGUCCAAUUCCUACUGCUGGCUAGGUAGCCUCAGUGUACAAAUCACCCCUUGUUGAAGGCCAAGGCCUGAAUGGGCCCUGGAGAUAGAAUGCCUCCCUCAUUUUCUGGAGAAGGGUGUGGGAGGGUGGCUAUAAAGACAGCUGCCAGUGCUGGACCUGUUCUGUACAUGGAUCUCUGCAGGACACUGUCUAGCACCUGUCACCAGCCACUAACUAACUUCACAUGGGAAAUAAAACCAACACCACCUCUUUGUGUCACUGACCCAGCUGGGCUCCUGACUCUUCCCUGUGACCAUCUCAAUCAGAACCUGGGACACAACUCCGUACACAUCUCAAGCUCUGGCAGCCGCACAUACAGUCAGCUGCUCUAAUAGGUGUCUUUUGCUGUCUCCUACAAAAUAGGCAUUGUUGCCUGUGCAGAAGCAGUUAAUGAUCUUUACAUUGUAUCACCUUUGAACAGUUCCUUGGCACUUCACUAGUACAGAUCCAUCCCUCCCUGCUCGACACUGCUGAUUCCAGGCGGAUAACCCCUGUGGGCUGGGAAGGGAGUUUGGCAGUGCAAGAUAGAUAGGCAGCACACACGGUAGUUCAGAGCCUAGUGCACUUGUCUGAAGGAGCAUUUCUUUUCUGAUCAAUGCUAAUUUUGUGCCACGCAGCCUGAGAUCUCAACAUGCUUUGUGAAGAUGGGUGGGGAUCACUGCCCUGUCUGACAAAGGGGGACUGAGGGGCAGGGACAGUAGGUGGCUGCCAAGAGUGCAGCGCACAGAACCCAGGAGUCCUGAAUACUGAUUCUCUGCUUUACUAGAUCCAGGUUCUAUCUAGUCCAGUCCUGUCCUCUCCCCUGCAGGAUUUUUCUGAAGCAGCUGUAAGCUAUUAGCAUUUGACAGGCAAGCCCCUACCCUGUGAUGGGUUCCUAGAGCAGGAUUUCAGCUCUUUGCAGGGGUGUUUAGUGUGGCACUGGGUCUGCUGCAUACACCCUGCUGAACAGCCACAGGGAAUCCAGUCUAUUCAGGGACCAUUGUGCUGCUAGCUGACUUCACAAGGGGAGGUUAAACUACUAGAAGUGAUUACUUGUUAAGGGGCUCAUUGGUGAUGCUGUUUGUUCUGAGUGCAGCAGCAGGUCUGUCUGAAUCUGCUUUACCCACAUGACCCCCCCUACAAUCUUACUGUAACAAUGAGUAAUGAGCUCUACCCCAUGGCUGAGUCCUAAUUCUCAACUCCCACAAGCCCCGCUUGCUCAGCGCACUGCGUCCCCUCCAAUUGCCCUCGGCUUGGUGACAGUUUGUGGAUCCGGAGCGCUCUCAGAUGUGUCCUGAAGAAAGGGGAAGGGCUAAUCUAGAAAAGGUUUGCCUGUUAGUUCCACAAUAUCCCAGCUGCUGCCAGCAUCCCCCAUCCUGCUCAAAGUGGGUGAUAGGCCAAUCCUUGCUGCUGCCUGGGCUGAAGACAAAGCUUGAUCUCUUCCUUCCUUCGACAGGUUGUAAACCUUACCUCAGGCUUUGCUGAGCUCAGCCUAGUUAUUCAGACGGAGGUUGCAGAGUGGGGAGAGGAGGCAUCAAAACUCAAGGCCCCCUUGUGCUGGGUACAGUACUCAACACAAAACACAUGGCAGCUUUCUAUGCAGCUUCCCUGUCUGCAUGGCUGACACCCGCCUGUGCGCUGGGGACUGCACAGAUAAGCUGCUGUGUCAAUGAGGGAACGCUGCCAGGAGCUCCCUCACUCUGGGAAAGCCCCACACGUUCACUCACUUCAAGGAGUCUGGAUCGACAUGGCGGACAAACCCGCUGAGGAUCAAUCUCAGUGAUGCAGCAGCGGAGCCUCAGGAAUCAUCUACUGAUGCCUCUGCCCAGGGAGGAACUAGGAGCGGUGGGCGCUGACUAACGCAACCUCAGCAAUUCCAACAUCCCUGCACAGGAUGCUACAGGCAGACCCUGGCACUGCAAGGGAAUAAGUGUCCCCAGUUACCACUGAUGUCAAGGAGCAGGGAGGGCACGCAGCCCCCUUUCAGGAUCAGGCCUGCAGGCCUCAGGUAAGAUUCCAAUGAAUCUAACUAAGCCUUGUGUCAGAACCUGAUGAGGGGAAAAGUUUAAGAGUUGAGUGUGGCUACAAAAAACCCUCAAUUCUGCCAGCAGGGGGCAGCCUAAUGCCACACAGUUCCUGUGCAGGACACCCAGAAGAGAGAGGGAGGAAAACACACUUCCUGGCUGGAGAUUGGAAUAGAAAGUGCAGGGGACUGCACCACAUACAAAGCUGGUGACUGGGGGGAAGGGGUUCAGCAGCUGACCCAUGGUGCAUGCCUAGUGUACUUGAGAGGGACUCUGGCUACGCCACAUUCACAUGAGUCCAUUGGGGGAUGGGUAUAGGAUGGGGAGGGCAGGAUGCUCAGCCUUCCCCGAGCUGGCUCUGGCCUUGAGGAACUCUAGCUGCAUCAGUGCAGACUGAUGUGCCCUCCAGGGACAGCCUGGGGCCUGAGCCACUAGAGACGGGGCAGACACUCAUGUGAGUAGAAGCCUGCUGGAUGGUUUUCUACUGUGCAUUUGGAUGAGGUUUCAGGUGCACUGAAUUUUAUUUUUUGAACCUUUGUGGUGACUCUCGGGCUGAGAGGGGGGGAGGCCAAUUUGCUGGCCAAGACUUUCAAGAGACACGAGUGCUCUUAAGUCCCCAACUUGAGAUGGCCUGAUAGGGGUCUGGUUUCCAGAGGGCAGGUGUGCAGCACUUCCUGCAAAGCCAGACCCCUUUAACGGGCCUCAGGCUGGUCCCUGCUAUGGGAUACCUGAGCAGGCACCUGCUCUCAGAUUAAAAGCAGCUGAAUAGAUCUGCCUCAACUUCUCCCUCAAAGUCCCUUUUUGGCUGAGCCCAAGCUCCAAGGCAAAUCAGAGAGUGGGGCAGGAGUUUAAAUGGGAAGCUGACCACAGUCUGCACUGCACUUAUCCUGCCCAGCCGCUGCUCACUCUGAGUGGCUAGAUUUAAAGAUGGCCUUACCAUAGGUUUCAGCUUUGGUCAGAAGCAGGCUUCUCUCUCUCUCCAGUGACUUUCUGUAAUGAGAAGAUGCAGCCUUGUUACACACUGGCAGAUGCUAUUGCUCUGCACAAGCUAAUAUGCUGUAGGGUGGUGGAAAGCCUCUGCCCCAAAAGAGGAGUUCUGGGCUGUACACAAAAUGAGACCCUCCACCUUUCUCCUUGGGGGAGGGGGGGCUGGCAGCUUGUCAUCCCCCUACUGCAUAAGGGGAGGGUCCAAAGGGUUAGAAGUCUUCCUCCCUGGAGACUGCUGUGCAUGAAUGGUAGCUAAGACUCCCACUUCAGGGCAGCCUGUUUGAACACUAGGACAGUGCUGCAGGGUUGGCUAAAAAGCAACUCCCACCUGGCAUAGGGGAAAUGCCUUUCCAAGUAACGGGGAGAGCUGCUCCCUCUGGAUCAAGAGGCUCUGAUGUCCGCUCCAGGGACAGGCAGGGCCUCGUACAGUGGGUGAUCACAUCCCAGCAGCUCUGGCUUCCCCAGGGAAGACAUGAGCUCUUCUGAUCCAGUGAGGAAAAUGCCCACAGGCUGGGCUGUUCAGAAUGCUCCGGGAAAGCAAGGAAAAGCAGCACCUGGCCCUGGGAAUAGGGCAUGUGGAGGCUCAGGCCUGUCAAAAUACCACUGGACACAAAUAAGCUUCUGCACUUUCACAGAUGGUUUCGCACACAUGAAGCCUCACAGUGCCCCUCUCCCAUCACCGCCAAAAGGAGGGAAUCGCCUUGGUGCAGAGUCUGGAAGAGAACUCCCUGACUCUGCUCACCAGAUCACAGGCCCCAUGUUGUUCCCACAUUUCAGAGCCAAAGAUUGAAACAUUCUUCACUUUGCUUCCAAGGCCCCCAUUUUGCACAAACUCCCUAAUGGCUCAGGCAAAGGAGCUGUCUGAUUGCAGUAAGAACCAGCUGUAUCACACAAUUCAGGGUGAUUGAAAACCCUGUAUCUUCAUCUGCACAAUGAUUGAUUAAUCCACAAUUUAAAGGCCUGAAAGCUGCAGCAGCUCGGGGGGGGGGGGGGGAGGGGGCGUAAACAAACACACAACAACAAAUUAUCUAUCUCCCUGCUCCAGGGAGGCUCUGUGGCAUUGUGUCAGAGGGCAGUUUGUUCCCCUUUAGGGUAAAGCAGGCACUUGUAUUUCAGCUGGAUCCAAGCCUUAUGGUACAGUUCAUUAAGGGAAGAGAGAAGGGCUGUAAUAAAGCAGGGUGCAUUAAUAGCAGGAGAGGAAAAGAAGGACUCUGAAAUACACUGGGGAAAAGGAAAUGCAGAGUGCAGCCCAUGAGGAAAUGAGAAGAGACACUGAACUGAUUCCGAAGUAGCUGAGCUGCUGUAUCGUUGCUUACAAGCCUGCCUAGCUAGAGAAAUCAAGGGGAAAGGCUCUCAUGCUUAGGAAGGAAAUGAGACGGUUUAAAAAGCAUGGCCAAGCUGAACACAUGCAGCUCCGCAGGACAGAAUGACACGGAGCCCAGGCAAUGAGACACUAAACUUACUAUGAAUCCAGUCAGGCUUUAUUUGGAGGGUGCGGAGAGCAAAAUUGGAAAGCAGACCUAUCCCAGUGAUUUAGGCUCACCAGGUCAAUAGCUUCCCUCAUGGGACAAACA